CUCAUCCAUACAUACCAAUGUUGAUCUUGUAUGCUGAACACUUAAACAUCUGAUGGAUAUUUGUGCAUAUAUUUGCAGGAUUUUUUGACAGCGUCCAGCAACAUCUUAAAUAUAACACUGAAAAAACCAUGGGACCAAAUUGCAAAGGAAGGCCUAUCAGACAGCUCAAGCCUGUUGAGGUCCAUUGAAAGAUAUGCAACAUUCUUUUCAACAAAUUCCUCCAUAAGAAAAACCAACAUCGUGCUCAAGGGAAACGUACUCGACAUUAACACGCACAACCCCAUCCCUUUUACAUUUGAAAACAGCAGCGUCUUGGUAUCCUAUCAAGGGAUCAACACUGCAGACCCAGUCUCCAUCAAUAGCAUUAUAUUUACAAGCCUGUCGCAAAUCUUACCGAUGAGGAUCGGCAUAUCUCUGCCGUGUAACAACCCGUACAACAUCAACAGCCUAAUAAUGGCCAUUGUUGACAAUGCACAAGGCAGCAAGAGUAUAAUCUUGAAUAUGUCUACACUGUACGCCCCAGACGAGACUGAGCCAACCUGUGCAUUUUGGGACUAUAACAUCGACACAGAAGGAGGCACGGGAGGCUGGAACAACAACGGAUGCACCGUGCUCGAGUCGACGGCCAGUUUCACAAUAUGCGAGUGCGGUCACCUGACGCCUUUCAGCACCCUUUUCUCAUCGAAAGAGACCUGCUCGAAUAUCUUGUCGAUUAUCACCUAUGUAUGUCUUGGAAUAUCCAUCCUGAGCCUGAUCAUUGCAAUCUUUCUCGAGGCCCUCGUCUGGAAGAGCAUCAAGAGUGACCUCACCAAAUACUCCCGGCACAUCGUUCUAAUCAACAUCUGCGUGUCGCUCUUAUGUGCUGACGUCUGGUUUAUCAUUGCCUCAGCAAAGUCGAGCAAACACAAUACAAUGCUAUGCCAUGCUGCCGUCUUUAUUGCCCACUUUUUUUACUUGGCCCUAUUCUUUUUAACACUUUGCAAGGCGAUCGGUUUGUUUUGCUCCGUACACUUUAUAUUCCCCAUCAUGAAGAAACGUCACGUGAAACGGUUUCUGGUGCUCGUGGGCUAUGGAUGUCCCCUGGUAGUGGCCAUUGUCACCAUAGCAGUAACUUAUCCACGUGGAUAUGUCAGUGGAAACGCCUGCUGGCUUCAAUGGUACAAUUCUCGUGCCCUCCUGGCUUUUGUCGUGCCAGCCCUCACCAUCAUCGGCAUCAACCUGCUCAUUGGACUCGUUGUGCUUUGUAAAUUGCUGAAGAAUGGGCCAGUGACACGGGUGAAUGGUGCCGGCACUACGGGGAAUAUCAUGCGGAUCCUAAAGACCAUCACAGUCCUCCCAUUCAUUUUGGGGCUUACAUGGGGAAUUGGAAUUUUCACCUUGGACAAGAAGAGUCCAAUAGCAUUCCAUUACAUCUUCAGUGUGCUCAACGCUCUACAGGGAUUAUUUAUCCUAAUCAUUGAAGUGAUGUGGAACGAUAAGGUAAUCCAAGCAUUACGAAUAUUCUUGAAGAAAUAUAUCAUACCUGUGGAUUUGUGAAUCUAUACGUAAGAAGGAGGCGAAAUCUCCCCAACGCAAGCCGCUCUUAAUCCAGACGUGUCAAAAUUUGCAUUGAAAGUACAUGGCAAUCCAUUUAUAGAUACCCCAUAUAUUUCAAAACACCAUCUUCCUUUCUUCUUAACGGGUGAUUGAAUACUCGAUUGUAAACGUGAUGGCUACGUGAAACAAUGUAUAUUAGGAGAU